UCCCUUCGCCAUCCCUCCCUCCUCCAUCCCUCCCUCAUCCCUCCCUCAUCCCUCCAGCGCUCCCGGCCGCCCCGCCGCACCCAUGGAGGCCGGCGCAGGUCGCUGAGCCCCCCACCCCGGCGCUGCCGCCCCCGACAUCGGCGGGGCCCCGCGCAGUUCCCUGUGCCCAGGAGCCGUGGCACUGUGGCCAUGUCCGUGCCGGGGAGCAGACGCGCGUCCACAGGAUCACGAAGUCGCGGGGUUUAUGGACGGAGUGGCUUUGCCUCCUUCUUUAAGUCUUCAGCGCCCUCAGCCACUCGGCCUGAGACACAGCCUCUUCUCCCUGCCUCCAGGCGCCCCUCGCCCCCCGGGAGGGACACCUACGGCACCUCCUCGCUGAGCAGCAGCAGCAAUUCUGGCUCCUGCAAGGGCAGCGACAGCAGCCCCACCCCAAGGCGCUCGUCCAAGUACAACCUCUGCAGUGACAACCAUGGGAUAAAGCCGCCGACGCCGGAGCAGUACCUGACUCCCCUGCAGCAGAAGGAGGUCUGCAUCCGGCACCUGAAGGCUCGCCUGAAGGACACACAGGAGCGGCUGCAGGACAGGGAUGCUGAGAUCGAGGAUCUGAAGACGCAGCUGUCACGGAUGCAGGAGGACUGGAUCGAGGAGGAGUGCCACCGCGUGGAGGCCCAGCUGGCGCUGAAAGAGGCUCGCAAGGAGAUCAAGCAGCUGAAGCAGGUCAUCGACACAGUGAAGAACAACCUAUUGGAGAAGGACAAAGGCCUCCAGAAGUAUUUUGUGGACAUUAACAUCCAGAACAAGAAGCUGGAGACGCUGCUGCACAGCAUGGAGGUGGCACAGAAUGGGGCGCUGAAGGAGGAGGGCGCCGGCGAGUCGGCCGGGGGGUCCCCGGCCCGAUCCCUCACCCGCAGCUCCACCUACACCAAGCUGAGCGACCAGGGAGCCGGGGACCGCAACGUGGGCGGCUCGCAGACCAUCUCGCUGGACGAGGGUGCCGACAGCGGCUUCGUGGGGAUGGAGGAGGCUCCGGGCCACACGGACCCGCUGGAGGUGGGGGGUGAGCCCGGCACCCGCCUGCCCCCCAGCAACACCUACGAGAAGGUGCUGGGACUGCGGAGCAGCGUGGAGGCAGGGGUGCAGGCCAGCUGCAUGCAGGAGCGGGCCAUCCAGACGGACUUCGUGCCCUGCCAGCCCGACCUGGACACCAUCCUAGAGAAGGUGAUGAAGUCGCAGGCUUGCAGCUUGGGCAGCCCCACCUCCGCCUGGGUCUCUGAAAUGGAAGACACGAUGCCCGUCCCCGAGCUCGCCAACCCCACCGGGACCACGGACCUGAUGGUGGCCGAGCCCGACGCCGCCACGGCGGCUGCCAGUGCCGAAGGGGGUGUCCCCUGCAACCCGGCGGUGCGGCAGCCCCCUAGCGCCAGCCCCUCGGUGGCCAUCGCCUGCGUGGCGGAGGAGGAGCUGAUGGAAGUGACCGGCUGCGAGAACAACCCUUCCAAGAGCUACUGGAGCCGCCACUUCAUCGUGGAUCUGCUGGCGGUGGUGGUGCCGGCGGUGCCCACGGUGGCCUGGCUGUGCCGCUCGCAGCGGCGGCAGGGCCAGCCCAUCUACAACAUCAGCUCGCUGCUGCGGGGCUGCUGCACCGUCGCCCUGCACUCCAUCCGCAGGAUGGGCUGUCGCCCCGUCGCCAGCCCCGGCCCCGGAGGCACUGCCCAGCCCUGACCCCUCCGACGCCCUC